AUGAAAGAUACCGACACUUUGUCAAAUCCCAGCAAACCUGUUGGAAAUGAAUUAAAAUCUGGACUUAGGAUACUACGUGAUUUGAAUUUGAACCAACUUCUAGCGGUUCAAUACGAUUUAACAAGAGAGAUCGAAAGACGCGUCGCAAAAAUCCAAAAUCAACCAUGUGAACACGAACCAGUACGAUAUAAGAGGCAGAGAACUGGUCCCCGGCGGAAUAGCGCUGUUGAGGAGAUUAGGCGGGAAUUGCCAGACUUCAAACCCGAUUUGAAGUCCAAUGGGAAGUGUCAACCGACUCAAGAAGAGUCGGCCAGUGAUUCUUAUUUGCCCGGUACUCUCGACAUGCAGAGUAAAGAAAUAGAUUUUAGUUCACCGUUGAAGGGUCCAGUAGUGUCUAAACCGGAAUCCACGGAAAUGAGCAAAAAAUCUAUGGCUGUGAUAAGUGAUUCAGAAGGGGACUUGGAUUGGUCUGAAAGCGAAUCCCCGCAACAGAUCAAACAACAACAAACCGAGCUGAUUGAAUUUAACGAGAAUCCAUUGACAGGAAAACCUUGGAUCUUUGAAGAUUUCAAAAUCAACGACUUUUGCAAUGCACAGGAAGCCAGAGGUCGUGUAAAUGCCGACGUACAAAAAUUUCAUAAAAUGACUGGACUACCCACUACUGCCAAAAAGCUCGUACUAGAUCCCAACGUUGGUUUCCAAAUAGUUUCUCAGUCGAUUAAGAAGGAGGAAGAGUCACUUGAAUCGAGUCAAGAAAAUUUUGAAAACUUGAAAGUACGAUCCAAAUCACCACCAGGUUAUGGACGACUAGAUUUUCCCAACACACAAGAAAAUUUGGCUGAUAAGCGACAAGCAAGAGAAAUUCUGGUUAAGAAGACGAAAAAACGAUUCCUAGAAGCUACAAGGUCUGAUAAGACGUACCGUUUGAGGUCAGUAGUGUUUCGAGAUCAAAAAUUGAACGAAAUUGUCGACCUGCAGAAAUUCACAUGGAGUGAAAAAUCACUUCGAAUAUUUUCGAGGGAUUGA